AGUUGAAUCGGUGUCUGAGAUCCGAUCGUCCACUCGCUGUUUUCUUUCUUUUUGGAAAAGCCUUCUUCCGCGACUCGGCGAUCUAAAAAGCUAAAAAGUCAAGCUGUCGUUCAUUUCCUCUAAAGACGCGGAGGAAUCGAGGAGGAAGAAGAUAGGAAGAAGAUACCAGUGAGAGAGAAAGAAAGAAGCAAUCCAUUAUUUGGGUGCACCUCCGGUGACGCUACCCGACAGGCGGUCUGGUGCUCCGCCUUUCUUGUAUGAAGUGAUUUAACCGAUCGCUGAGUCUCCGAUGAUGGCGAUAGCGGACAAGAAAACUGAGCCGUCGGAUGGGAAGGUCUGGAGCCUGUGCCGGAUGCCGUUCUGGCAGAGCGGCGGCGGCGGCGGCGGCGGAGGUGCGGGAUCGUCGUCGUCGUCGUCGUCGUCGUCGUCGGUGGGUCACCACCGGCCGAGUCAAGGUCAGGCGAGCCAGGUGGACGGAUCGGGCGGCCACCACCAGAGCUCGGGAGGCCACCACCAGAGCUCAGGCGGCCACCACCAUAGCUCGGGCAGCGGAUCGGUUUCAUCGGUGGCGAGGUCGCUUCUGCCCAGCCGCCGCCGGCUUCGCCUCGAUCCGGCCAACAAGCUCUACUUCCCUUAUGAACCUGGUAAGCAGGCUAAAAGUGCAGUCAGGAUAAAAAACAUCAGCAAGUCUCAUGUAGCAUUUAAGUUUCAAACAACUUCACCAAAAAGCUGUUUCAUGCGUCCUCCUGGGGCCAUACUUUCUCCGGGCGAGAGUAUCAUAGCAACUGUUUUCAAGUUUGUGGAGCAACCAGAGAACAAUGAGAAAAUCAUAGAUCAGAAAAGCAAUGUUAAGUUUAAAAUUGUCAGCUUAAAGGUAAAAGGACCAAUGGAAUAUGUACCAGAACUGUUUGAUGAGCUGAAAGAUCAGGCUGCAGCGGAGCAGAUUCUAAAGGUUAUAUUCUUGGAUCCAGAACGCCCCUGCCCUCAAUUGGAAAAGCUGAAGCACCAACUGGCUGAGGCUGAGGCGGCACUUGAGACGCGCAAGAAACCUGCUGAAGACACUGGCCCCAAAAUAGUGGGUGAAGGGCUUGUUAUAGAUGAAUGGAAAGAACGAAGGGAACGAUACCUUGCUCGUCAGCAGGUUGAGGCGGUUGACUCAGUGUAAAGUUCCGUUUGCUGUUAUUGUAACCCCUUCUUUUUCUUUAAUGAGAUCACCGAAUCAUGUGUUUUGGAGACAGGAACUGUCAUUAUCUACCCUGGUUAAUUUUUAGGUUUCCUUGGGUGUUUGUUUAUGUUAAAGGUUCAACUUGAUAGAAUAACAUGCUUCAAUUACUCAAACCUUUGAUAUCGGUAGUGCUUUUGAACUCUGUUUUCUAAAUGUGUAUAAUGAUAUUUGCUUUUGAAAUAAACUACUUGUUGUGAAA